AUGCGAUCAGCACUUCUUUUUGGCCUGAUCGGCAGCGUAAAGGCUUCCAGUGACUAUUUUGAGCCUUUUCCAACUUGCGCUGAUUGUUUACCUGCGACUGUUCACGACGCGCCUGGGAUUGGGUUCAGUCUCUCAUUGUCUUCAGGAACCGCUGCUACGCACUUCUACAAUGGCACUGUAAAGAACAUUGCGACUAUUCCUGCAAGCCCAGAAUAUACAGCACUUAUGAGGCGUCUAGCUGAUUCUCCACCUCCUCCACCACUAUCAAGAUGGGAAAAGCUACGACGAUCUUUCAACAGAAAGAUGGGGAGGCCAGCUACACCCGAUAUCGGCAUUAUUGCCUCCCUACUUAUCUCGCUACGCGACAUGACUUUUACCGCAGUCACAAGUCCAUUAGAUAGAGUCGCUGUGUCGCACCCCGGAAUCCAAGGUUUGGCAGAACUAGACCUCUGGGACGCCCUCGAAUAUGCGCAUAUUCGACCGUGGGUGGCGGCUGGUCUGCCACGUCCAAAGGUUGUACUUCCUUUGCCCGCUGCCGGCGGUUACCCAAGUCGGCUUCUCGAGUCAUAUGCUGUUAUCGCGGGACAUGGGAAGGGUUUGUGCAAAAACUAUAAAAGCUUCUGGCAAUGUGCGGAGGAGCAGGAUAAUGUUCCCUUGGCGACAACCCUAGUGGUGGGAAUCACUCCCACCGAUUUGCGUGGAAACAUUGUUAGGACUCGGUCUGCAUUCACUCAAUUCCAGCCUAGACCUAAUGACCGGACGUUUACAGACCUUGAACUAGGUCUAGCUACCUCGAAGGAUAAUCCCGACUUCUGGGCGCGUGUGACCAAAAGGUUGGGGGAUUUUUGUGGCACAGCUCCCAAAGGAUUCCGCCUCAACACAAUCUUGCUAACAGGAGAGAACGCGACACAUCCGGAUUUUCUUGCGGCCUUACGAAGCGCGCUCGUAGGUAACGGGUAUCUGCAGAGAGAAAGCGACGAUGGGGAGAAAAUAUCAUUCGUUCAUGAGGGGGGACCAGGAAUUGAUCCUGUCUUUGCUAGUGCUAGAGGGGCAGCUCAAUACGCAAGAUGGAGGCAGGAGGCGCCGAUUGGGUGUGGAGAACAGGACAGGUGCAAGGAAGAGAGGAGGAGACAAGGCGAGCAUGUUGAGUUGAGGUAA